AUGACUCAAGAGGGGAUGAGAGGUUACAUAACUUGCUCAAGGGCACUCAGGUAGUAAGUAAUACAACUGAAUUUGGAUAUAAAUAUUUCAGACUUCCAAGAUAACGGUGUUAAUCAUAAGGCUGGUAAAUGUGAGGAACGUACAGGACCAAUAAUUUUAGUUUCUUCUGCUUAUGAAAUUGCUGUUCGUUCCUGUCCUCUUGACCCAAAUGAAAACAAAGGCUCUAUAAAUUGGUAUAAAAAUGACAGCAACACAGCUAUAUCUAUGGAAAGAGGCUCCAGGAUUCAUCAGUACAAAGAUAAGCUUUGGUUUGUUCCCGCUAAGGUCGAGGAUUCAGGGCUUUACUAUUGCACAGUGAGAAAUUCAACUUACUGCCUCAAGAUUGAAGUGACUGCAAAGUUUGUACAACAUGAACCUGACUUGUGUUACAGUGCACAAGUUAUAUACCCACAGAAACUAAUUAUUGCAGGAAAUGGACAACUUGUGUGUCCUUAUUUGGAUUAUUUUAAGGAUGAAAACAAUGAGUUACCCAAAAUAGAGUGGGAUAAGGACUGCAAACCUCUACUUCUUGACGAUGCAAAGUUCAUUGGAGAAUCAAAUAAACUCAUCAUCAUGAAUGUGACUGAAGCGCAUAAAGGGAAAUACACUUGCCGCGCAUCCUACACGCUCCUGGGAAAGCAGUAUCGCAUCAGCCGGGUGAUCGAGCUUUUAACUCUUGAGGAGAACAGACCCCAGAGCCCUGAGAUUGUGAGUCCGGUGAACGAGACGAUGGAAGUGGUCCCGGGAUCCCAGCUGCAGUUGGUAUGCAACGUCACUGGCCGGGAAGCUAACUUUGUCUACUGGAAGUGGAACGGGUCACUGAUUGAUGAUGACGACCCGGUGCUGGCGGAAGACUACAUACAAGUGGAAAAUCCUCCAUCCAAAAAAAGGAACACAGUCAUCCUAAUGCUUAAUAUUACAAAAGUGAAAAGUAAAUUUUAUCUAUAUCCAUUUACCUGUGUAGCCAGGAAUAAAUAUGGAAUAAAUGCAGCAUAUAUCCAAUUAAUACACCCAGUCCCCAGUUUCCAGAAGCACCUGAUUGGUAUAUUCGUCAUGUUAACAGUAGUGAUUACCAGCUCUGUUUUCAUCUAUAAAAUCUUCAAGGUUGACAUUGUGCUUUGGUACAGGGAUUCUUGCUAUGAUUUUCUCCCGAAAAAAGCUUCAGACGGAAAGACCUACGAUGCAUACAUACUGUAUCCAAAGACCCUUGGGGAAGGGUCCACCUCUAAUUCAGAUAUUUUUGUGUUUAAAAUCUUACCUGAGGUCUUAGAAAAACAGUGUGGAUACAAGCUGUUCAUUUAUGGAAGGGAUGACUACGCCGGGGAAGACAUUGUUGAGGUCACAAAUGAAAACAUAAAGAAGAGCAGAAGGCUGAUUAUUAUUUUGGUCCGAGAAACAUCGGGAUUCAGCUGGCUGGAGAGUUCGUCUGAAGAGCACAUCGUGCUGUACAAUGCCCUCGUUCAGGACGGGGUCAAAGUCGUCCUGCUGGAGCUGGAGAAGAUCCAGGACUACGAGAAAAUGCCCGAGUCCAUCCAGUUCCUCAAGCGGAAGCAGGGGGCCAUCCGCUGGUCAGGGGACUGGACGGCGGAGAGGUCACAGUCUGCAAAGACAAGGUUCUGGAAGAAGGUCCGGUACCACAUGCCUGCUCAGCAGCCCCUCCAGCCAAGCGCCAGUUGCUGUCUGCAGCCCCAAGGCCCGACUCCAGGGAGAGACUGCGAGGGGAGGGCCCCGUGCCUCUCGGGUAGCAGGUGACGCCUGUCCUGUGGCGCUGGGCUGGGCUGGCCUCGCUGAUGUACAGGCACAGACUUGCAUGACCCUUCACCCCAGGCCACCUGGAGUCGGAUGGGUAAGGGCAGGAUGGUGACAACAGCAGCCCGGGCAACUCAAAGCAGAGGGGCGGGGAAGGCCUUCCAGAGGCCACCGCUGCCCUCUGGGUGUGUGAGCUGCCGAGAAAAGGCCCGGGAGAGCCAACAACUGGAAAGAACAUUCAGGAAAUGCAUUUGUGGAGUCACUCGAAGUUCCAGGGGCUGUGCCCAGACGGGACUGCAGGGCCCCUUGAGUGGCCGGGGCAUGGGAAGACAUUGGAGAACUGGCCACUGGCCUUGCAUUUUUCACACACAUCUGCAGCCAGCAGCCGUUUCCAAAGACUGAAUUUUAGACCUUUAAAACUGCCAUUUCAACAAAAAAAGAGAUUCUCCAGGAUUUCAAGGUUUUAAAAUAACCUUAGCUUUCCACUGGGGAGAGGUCAAAAGCAAGAGUAGCAGAGAAGGGAUCCUCUCCUGCUGCCCCCGGGAUGGCCAUUCUGUCCCACCUUGUUCUUCUGCAUUUCACUUGGCUCUUUACUUUGGAAGGACAACUUCCAAGUCACUUCCUCCUCCACUGGGUCACGCACACAACCCACAGAUUAACCACCUUCCUGACCACCGCUCUCCUCUCAGCCGCUGUGCCGGCUCUCCUGGCUCAGGAGCAAAGCCGGGUUACCAUUAGCAUUUCACUGUGGGGCUGUGCUUCCGCCUGGGGGCUCAGGCUGGUUUGCGCGGUGUCCGUGCAGAGUGCCCACAGACUGCCUGUUCACUGUCUGCUGACACCUGGCUUUUAGAAAGCCGGCAGCUGCCGACAGCAGUCACUCAGUGCUGGGCUGGCUGGGCUGCUUCCAGGGCUGCGGCCGAGGGUGUGACCUCGGCCACACCUGCCUUCCCCCGCCUUUUGUGGGAAGAAAUGGUAGUUUCCAGGAUGGUACGCUGCUCAUUCUUGUAAAUAUUGGAAUUAACAAAAGUCACGGUAGAUUUUUAUGGAAAAGUUUCUGCCUCCAUAUGUUCUUCCCCUAAAGUAAAUGCAUGUUGGUAAGUAAAAACGAGA